AUGCCUAGAGGAAACCAGCCACCAAGAGACCCCGACACCACCACAGAGGGCAGCCAUCAACCCCGACCCCCUCAGAAAUGCAACAAUCCGAGGCAGGCCCCAGAGCACACCCCUGCAAUGACCGAACAGAAGGCGGCCACACCCGGGACUAGGAGCCGGGCGGAGCACGUGGCACGCACUCCGCCCUCCCAGCCCAAGCUCUCGGCCCAGGGUUCGCGAGGUGCACGAGGCCCUUCUGCAGGCCAGCGGAUCCCAGAGCGGGCCAACCCGGAGGACCCACGCAAGGGCAAGCGUCCGUGCUCGGGGCGGCGCGACAGCCUGCCGCGGACGCCCUCCACCCCGAGGUCCGAGGCCUCUACCCCAGACCCCUCCAACAUGGCCCGCGGCGGCACUCAGAACUGGAGCUCCGGCGAGUCCGACGGCCAGCCGGAGGAGCAGACAUCCGAGGAGAGCGGAGACAAGAUGGUGAAGGAGACCGAGUACUAUGACAUCCUGGGGGUGAAGCCCAGCGCGUCCCCGGAGGAGAUCAAGAAGGCCUAUCGGAAGCUGGCGCUCAAGUACCACCCGGACAAGAACCCGGAUGAGGGCGAGAAGUUUAAACUUAUAUCCCAGGCAUAUGAAGUACUUUCAGAUCCAAAGAAGAGAGACAUCUAUGACCAAGGUGGAGAACAGGCAAUUAAGGAAGGGGGCUCAGGUAGCCCCAGCUUCUCUUCACCCAUGGAUAUCUUUGACAUGUUCUUUGGCGGUGGAGGACGGAUGACGAGAGAGAGAAGAGGCAAGAAUGUUGUACACCAGCUGUCAGUAACUCUGGAAGACUUAUAUAAUGGAGUCACUAAGAAACUGGCCCUCCAGAAAAAUACAAUUUGUGAGAAAUGUGAAGGCAUUGGUGGGAAGAAGGGGUCCGUGGAGAAGUGCCCUGUGUGCAAGGGGCGGGGCAUGCAGAUCCACAUCCAGCAGAUCGGGCCGGGCAUGGUGCAGCAGAUCCAGACGGUGUGCAUCGAGUGCCAGGGCCAGGGUGAGCGCAUCAGCCCCAAGGACCGCUGUGAGAGCUGCAGCGGCGCCAAGGUGGUCCGCGAGAAGAAGAUUAUCGAGGUGCACGUGGAGAAAGGUAUGAAGGAUGGGCAAAAGAUACUGUUUCAUGGAGAAGGAGAUCAGGAGCCUGAGCUGGAGCCUGGUGAUGUCAUAAUUGUGCUUGAUCAGAAGGAUCAUAGUGUCUUUCAGAGACGAGGCCAUGAUUUGAUCAUGAAAAUGAAAAUUCAGCUCUCUGAAGCUCUGUGUGGCUUCAAGAAGACAAUAAAAACGUUGGAUGAGCGAGUCCUCAUUAUUUCAACUAAGUCAGGUGAGGUGAUAAAGCAUGGCGACCUGAAGUGUGUACGCAACGAGGGCAUGCCCAUCUACAAAGCCCCUCUGGAGAGGGGGACCUUGAUCAUACAGUUCUUAGUGGUCUUCCCUGAGAAACACUGGCUUUCUCAGGAGAAGCUUCCUCAGCUGGAGGCCCUGCUUCCCCCUCGGCAGAAGGUGAGGAUCACAGAUGACAUGGAUCAGGUGGAGCUGAAGGAGUUCAAUCCCAAUGAACAGAACUGGCGCCAGCACAGGGAGGCCUAUGAGGAGGACGACGAUGGGCCCCGUGCUGGCGUGCAGUGCCAGACGGCGUGAUGGCACAGCAUAGCAUGGCCCGGACGGACUAGUACAUGAUGAAUGUAAACUUGGCACAAUGAAAAUGGCAUCGCUUUAAUAGCCUCGUGUUUGGGGUGUCCUGUGUAUGUGUUCAGCAGUCUCCAUUGCUGAGUAUCUUUGGGUUUUCUUGUUUCUUUUCUGGUUGUAACUUAAGUUAUAGUUUGAUUUAUAUUUAAAUGUUUUUAGUUCAAUCACCUCAGUCUGCAUAUGGAAUCUGUUCAUUUGUACUUUCACAACAUACUUUGGAGAUGCCAGCACCAUGUUGACCCUUAGUGGCUUCGCCAUGGUUCAUUUCCAUGGUAGGCCCAGAGAGUCACACCUGGCCCCUAACAAAGGCCGAGAAAGUGGGCGUGUGGCCUGUCUCUAGUCUGUGGUUUUUCUCCCCUCCCUCCCUUGGCAGAGUCACCAAGGGUAUGAGCUCAGGUCUGCUAAUACCAUUUCUGAAUCUAGACUCUAGAUGUUGUAGACAAUAAAAGCACAUGGCUGCACUUGGCCCCGUGUGCCUGGUUCCCACGGAGUAGGCUGUAAUCAAAAGCUGCAGGGCCAGUCUAGCUCCUACUGUUCUGUGGUCAGAAAGGGGUUUGUUUGACCAUCUCUCUUGGACGUUUUCUGAACUUCCCAAACCUUGUGAUGACAAAUCCAUUUUAAACGAUAAGCCAAUAAAGCCAUUUAUUUGCCUGUGACCCCACCCUUGUUCUUUGUGGUUUUAAUGAUUGUCUGUUGACGACCUGUGCAAUGUUGUCCCACCAAAGUGCUUACCCUAAAGAGGGCUAAACCCUUCCAGGUCCCUGGCAGCCUCCGUGCGGCUGAGGAAGCAGCCGAAGAGAAUACUGGUGGUGUAGCCCCCGCCCCUGCACAGCCAGCACUGUCUGGGUGACUUAAGAGUAUGCAGUGAUAGAGCCCCUCGGGAUCCCCAUCUUUGCUCCGGACAGCUCCUCCCCAAGGGCCCGCUCGUCUCUCUGCACAGCCCUCCUGCAAAGGGCUUUCUGCUGUGAUGUUUGCCGAGAACACUACCCACAUUCUUCUGGUUAGUGGCAUGAAUACCACUGACAAGGACAGCCGCUUGGGACGGGUACUAGCUACUACCUUAUUACCUCAGCCUCUAGCCAUUACUCCGCCUUUCUUUUCUACAAAUGAAGUUGAACACCCUGCUUCUUAAGCUGCUGGCUAACCUCUCAGAUCCAGGUUCUUUUGUUGUUGUUUUUUUUAUGUACCAGAGUUUGACACAGACCAGGAACCUCCCCUGAGAGGGACUAUGAUCCUCUAGAACUUUGCUGGCUGGUGUGAUAGAAUUUGCUCAAGUACAGAGUCUACCUAUGCUCACUUUGCCCACUGGCCAGGACAGACUCGAAACUGCUUCCUUCAACUUAGCCAUUUAUAAUGGAUCACAACUCCUGGGUGGUGUUUCUGUGCUCUGACUUUCUAAUAAAUCACUGCUCAAGAGCUGUUUAGCUUGUGGUGGGACAAAACUAUAUUCAGCUCCUUGUUACGAAUCUGCAGGGUGUUGCUUAACCUUCCGACCUGUAUACAUCUGUCACUUUAAAAUUAAAAUUGAGCUGGU